CAUACACAAACAUAAGCGAGUGUGGAUUUAUUUUUCGAGUUUUCCGUGAAAAUUGAUUUAAUUUCGCUCAAGACAUCGGUCGAGACACAUCAUCAAAAAUUCUAAAUUUUGGUGCUUGAACUUUUUCAUUUCUCUUUAAUUAUUAUCUGUCAGUGAAGUGCAUUAGCAAGUAAACAUCCAACAUGGUGCAAAGAAACAAGGAACAAGAAAAAGAAGUUCUCGAAUGGAUCUAUGCUGUUUUGGGCGAGAAAGCUCCCGCAGGAAACUACGAAGAUAUUCUCCGGGAUGGAAUCGUUCUCUGCAAACUUGCUAACAAAUUGACACCUGGAUCAGUCAAGAAGAUUCAAGAACGCGGUACAAACUUCCAAUUGAUGGAAAAUGUUCAAAGAUUCCAAGCUGCUAUCAAGAAAUAUGGAGUUCCCGAAGAAGAAAUUUUCCAAACAGCUGACUUAUUUGAACGUCGUAACAUCCCACAAGUCACUUUGUGCCUUUAUGCUUUAGGAAGAAUCACCCAAAAGCACCCAGAAUUUACUGGCCCAGCUCUUGGACCCAAGAUGUCUGAUAAGAAUGAACGCACAUUUACUGAAGCACAAUUACGUGCUCAUGAAGGUGAACUCAAUUUACAAAUGGGUUAUAACAAGGGAGCUUCACAAGCUGGCCAUGGUGGAAUGGGAAACACCCGUCAUAUGUAAACAUCAGAAAUGUCCAUCACAACUCAAAGUUAUUAUUUAACAAAUCAGUAAUUAUUUAUUUGAAAUUAAAAGCAAAAAUCAUUGCUGUCCUAUUUUGUUAACAAACCAAAAACUUAAAAUAUCCUUCUCAUUAGAUCAACAAAAAAAAAUUAUUAAUAUAAAUGUUUGAAAUCUUUGAAGCGGCAAAUAAAAUUUCUCUUUGAACAAAUACACGAGUAAUAAACAUUUAAACAUUUCCUGUGAAACAUUUUAACAGAUCUACAUGUGGCAUGAGACAUCAGAGCAACGAAAAUUUUCCAUGUCACGCGACACACGACAAUUGUUGUAAAACGAUCAAACAUGAAACACGUAAAAAUGAAAAAUUUUAGGAAAUGAAAAUUAAAAGGAAUAAAUUUUAAAUAUAUUCUACUCAAAAACUAUGAAUAUAUUUUGAUAAAAACAAAUUUGAAUUGGCCUUCACAUUAACUGAUGUUUGUAAGCCAUAUUAGAAAAUUAAAUAUAAGUAAAUAGACGGAAUGAACUUGACAUAACGUUAUAUAAAUUUAAAUGAGUGCAACACACUCAAUUGAAAGACUUUAUUAAUGCUGAGUCAAGUCUUAAGCAUUUAUCUA